UCGAGAUUUAAGUUUUGUGCGGCAUCCGGUGUAUUCAGCAAUAUGGAUAAAUGGAAAGGAAAAGUGGCAUUAGUGUCGGGAUCGUCGACAGGAAUCGGCGCAAAUAUUACAAAAGCUUUAGCAAAUUCCGGUCUAACUGUGAUUGGGCUAGGCCGUCGCGUCGAAGCGAUUCAAGAUUUAACAAAUCAAAUACAGAGCGGCAAAAUUAUCGCAAAAAAAUGUGAUGUAACAAAUGAAACCGAAGUGUUGGAAGUCUUUAAAUGGAUUAAAGAUACAUUCGGCCAUUUGAACGUGUUCGUCAAUAAUGCCGGGGUCAUAAAAUCCGAUUUAUUGUUAGAGAGUAAAACCGAAGAUUUUAAAAGUACAUUUGAUGUUAAUGUGAUUUCUGCAUGUGUGUGCAUCCGUGAAAGUGUUAAAUUGAUUAAGGCAAAUGGAAGCUUCGGUCAUAUUAUUGUUAUAAACAGUGUUUUGGGUCAUCGAAUUCCCGAUCUUCCAGUGCCACUCUUCAAUGUGUAUCCAGCAAGUAAAUUCGCCUUGACGGCGAUAACGCAAACCGUUCGACAGGAACUAGCAUUCCAACAAGCCAAUAUUAAAUUAACCAGUAUUAGUCCAGGGAUGGUGAAUACCGAAUUUUUGACGGCAUAUGAUUCGUCAUUCUGUGCAGGACUUCCACGACUUAAAUGUGAUGACGUAACUGCAGCAGUAUUGUAUGCACUCAGCACAUCCGAGCAAACGCAGGUGGAAGAAGUUAUAUUGCAAGCAGUGCCAGAGUAUUGUUAAGACGACCAAACGAGACGCAAAUUUAUAAAUAUUUAUGUUUGAAAGAUAGAGAAUAUAUUUGAAUCGUUUCUGAAAAGUAAUAAAUGACGGGAAACCAUUUGAAGGCAUUCCAUUGAUGUUCGAACGGAUGUGAUAAAA